ACGAUGGGAGAGGGAAGAGAAGGCGACUGGGAGUGCAGCGGCUGCAACAACAGGAACUACGCCUUCCGGUCGUUCUGCAACCGCUGCAAGCAGCCUCGCCUCCUCGUCGACACCAAGACCCCCGCCGAUUCCAAGUGGCUGCCUCGCAUCGGCGACUGGAUCUGCACCGGUUGCACUAACAACAAUUAUGCAUCAAGAGAAAAGUGCAAAAAGUGCGGGCAACCAAAGGAGGUAGCAGCAAUGCCAGCAAUUGCCGUGCCUGGGGCUUCACUCCCAACUUAUUCAAAUUAUUUUGCCAGGUCCCAAGGAGGACUGGAACAAAAUAUGAAUCUUGGACUUGGAUUAAUAGGCAGUGGUGCUCUCAAGCAAUCACUUCCUUUUAACUCCUCCUGGUCUUUCGGGGAGACUGAUAACUAUGGAAUUCAGGCUUCUGUCUGGUCCUUGGGUGCAAACUCCAAUCCUGGACAUCCAUUUGCAAAUCCUAUCACUCAGUAUCCUUCAGUUCCAAAAGGAUGGCGCAGUGGCGAUUGGAUAUGCCACUGUGGCUUUCACAAUUACUCAUCUCGUUCACAGUGUAAAAAGUGUAAUGCUUCUAUGACACCAGCCCUUGGAAUGAAGCGAUUGGCAUCUGAAGAUCUUGUCCAUGGGUGGGAUAACAAGAGAUUGAAUGCAGGAACUCAGACAACUGGACUCCAGCAAUCAUAUCCAGCAUUUGAUCAAAUGGUUGGAACCAGUUCUGAACCUAGAACUGGAGCAUUUUUAUCCUUUGGAAGUUCAGUUGUGGCUUCAAAUAUACAAGUCCAGAUUCCACAUCAAGCUGCAACACAUGCUCUUCUUGGAAAGGGCAGAGCAAAGCAAUGGCGACAAGGUGAUUGGAUGUGCACAAAUUGCAACAACCACAACUAUGCAUCUCGAGCAGAGUGCAAUAGGUGUAAGACGCAAAGAACCGUGCUUUCCCAACCUGUCAAUGUCAUUUAAUUGCAGAUUCAGCAAGGGUCCCUGACGAUAGGAGAUUUUGUAUUCGGCGGUGGAGGUUUCUUUGCAAUUUUUUUCUCUGUACUGUGCCAAAAGAGAAGUGAAAGAUCAAGAAAGGCAUGCUUUAUUUCUUUUUUAUUUAGUUUGCUCCUCAUAGAAAUUAGCUGGACAUUCGAUAGAUUCCAUUUGGACAGACAGCGCCGGUGUAAUGCUAUUUGCUUGAGGACCGCUUCGGCUUGCCGUAGUGAUCUUUUGUCGGGUUUUUCGUUUUUGGUCUUGAAAGAUAAUUUUUGAAUUACAGAACACAGAUUGUCUGUCAAUGGAAUCAUGUUAUUCGUAUC